AUGGCCCAUGUAAACGCACCUCCAGAUGGACACUAUCGUGAGGAGUACUUCAUGAGAUGGAAGAGCUUCAGCCUGACCAUCACGGUGAACACGACGCCGCCGCAAGUGGCCGUGUACAGCAAGGCCAUCAAGGUGACCGUGGACGGGCCGCGCGAGCCGCGAUCCAAGACCCGGCAACAGCAGCAGAUCCGCGCCAUCGCGUUCGGACAGCGGCCCUUCCUCGAUGCGACGCCCUUCAACCACUUGCGGGACCUGGAGUAUCGGCGCAAGAGCGGCGACUCAUCUUCGUCCUCGUCGACCGGGUUCAAGGUGCCCGAGCCGUCCACACCGCUGCAAGCGGCACGGUGCCGUGGCAGCGGUAGCGGUCCGCGCGUCGAGGCCAGGCCGGCCCCGGGGCAGUUCGUGCUGGCGGACAGAUUUGUGACGUGUGUCAAUGGCUGCCGCCGCUGUCUCGGCUUUUCACUUGCAAAUGCCGUCAUGUGGCGGGCGCAGGUGGCCCGGCACACGACGCUAUUGUGGCCGCGUCGCACGCGAGACCCGGGCCGGCGCUUUCAUUUCAUUAGGCCGGCGGGCGCGCCACCCCCGGCAGCGCUUCCUCCCCCUCCCCCUCCCGCUCGCUGCCCCAAUUUCACAAACAAUUUGGACCAAUUUGGGCAAACAAUCGGCGGCGGCGGCGGCGCCCUUGCGUGCCGGGCCUCAACAGCUGACAGAGUCGUCCGGGCGCGCACGCCACGGGCCGCGGCAGACGACGGCGUCGCGCCGCGGAAGCCGGUGGCGGCCGGGACGCCUUGUGUUCGCCGCGGCUCAAGGUCUUCCGGAUCACGUCACGUUUUCUGCUACUGUAGCUGA